UACAAAGCUCCAUUUGCAAAAAGAAUCACACAUACGCCUUCACAUUCAUAGUAGCGGUGUUGUAGUGCGAAAAAUUUCACAUUUGAAGUGCAAUAAUUGAUAAAAGAAAGCAAACAAAGGAAAAGUCUGCCGCCAACGAUCAUAAGAAAAAAAAAAACGUAAUAUUAGUUAGAGAAGACGUGAAAACGUGUAAAUUGUUGCAACGCGUCAGUAGUCGGCAAAGUCGGCAGCAGUGUCCAGCUAAUUGUGCCGCAGAACCUUCUCUUUUAUUGCGAUUCGGUGUAUACAUAUGUAGUUGCAUACAUUAACGUAAUUGUUGGAUUUGUUGGACGUUGAAUUUUUUAUAUUAGGAAUACCAAAAGUAUCGGAGAAUAGUUGCGAUUGCAACACCCGUAGCGAACUCAGUUUGUUAAGAUAGUCACACUGUGAGCGGCGCAUUCAGUUUUAGAAACCCUGCGUUGUAAUCUCUCUUGGCGGUUUGAUAGGAAAACCCAGCUUCAGUUUUUUUCUUUAAGCUCAGCGUAAGCAGCAAGCAAAACAAAACACAUCAAAAUGUCUACAGUCGACAAAGAGGAAUUGGUCCAAAAGGCAAAGUUGGCCGAACAAUCUGAAAGAUACGAUGAUAUGGCUCAGGCUAUGAAAUCAGUCACAGAAACCGGUGUUGAACUGUCAAAUGAGGAAAGAAAUUUACUCUCCGUUGCAUACAAAAAUGUUGUUGGUGCCCGCCGAUCAUCGUGGAGAGUAAUUUCAUCAAUCGAGCAAAAAACUGAAUCCUCCGCCAGAAAACAACAGCUCGCCCGCGAGUACAGAGAACGCGUGGAGAAGGAACUUAGGGAAAUUUGUUACGAAGUUUUGGUAAGUUUUUUUUCGGUGUGUAUUUUUUUAGAUACUGUUUUCAUGUUUCAGUCAUACAAAAUUAGUAGUACUGAUUAAAGCACAACGAAAAUA